AAUGCCAUACAUGCCAGGACAUAAUAACCACAAAGUAACUACCUUUAAGUUUAUAUGUUAUUAUUAUAUCAAACUGAAUUCCUGUCCUGAUUUUCGAUAGCUACCUUCGGCAAGCUCUGCUGGAAUGACAAUUUCCUUUGAUGGAUUUCUUGAUACUAAACGUUUGUCAUUCGAUUCAACAGUCGGAUCUGAAUUUUUACCCAAACCUUCACCAAGUUCUGAUGGAUCAUAUGGAGUAUUCUCACCACCUCUCACUGUCGAUAAAGAGGCUAAUUCAAAAGCAGUUGAUACAAAAGCUGGAGGCAUUGAAGAUAAUUGUUUACCUAUGAGCAAUUUACUUCCCCCUCCAACUACAGCGCAAACAAGUUUGAUUGUUAAUAUAAGUGGAGCAAGCUCUGUUGUAUCUAGUAUACAAAAUAGCAGAAUUCGUGAAACUCGUCGGCAGUCGAGUGUGAAUGCAGUUUCAUGGAAUGAACCUGUAUCUGAAACAUGCAAAGGAAAGGAUAUUGAUGCUUGCGAAACAGCUAUUGAUUAUACAAAUUUUCAGAACGCAGAAGAUGUUCCUGUUACUCUUCGUCAAAAAUCUCUACAUCGUAGACACCUUAGUAUGGGAAAUGCUAAUUAUUCAAUGGAAGAUAAUAAUAACCGUCAUCGAUACAGCAAUUUAUCAGCACCUGAUGAACCACUGUCUCAACGUCCAAAUAGCUGGGGUCCCGUAGACUUUUUAUAUUCAGAGUCAAUUACAAUAGACAUUUCGCGUGCAACUUCACAUGCAGAGUGUAAUCUUAUUUUUUUUUAAGUGUACAUAAAGUUAUUGUAUAAAAAAAAUAUUGUCAAAAAGAGAAAAUACAAAAACAAAUGUUUUUUUUCUAUAUAUUCUUUUAUUUAAUAAAUGAUUUCAACAAAUGAAAUACUUUGCACAAAUUAUAUUAAAAUUUAAAAAAGACGAAAUAGACAAUUCUAAAUUCGCUGAGCAUCGACAAGAAUUGUGUAGAGCUUUACAAACUUAAUGAGUUCUUCAAAUAAAGAUAUAUGCGUCCGACAUAGUUAGAUCGAAAAUUAUAUUUUAUGUCUGUAUUUACAUAAUCUAUCUAAGCUCCAUCUCCUUAAAAACAAAUACUUAAGAAAUGCACUUAAUAAGUAUUUUUUUUUAAUGAUAAACCUGAACUUGAAUCAACUACAUCUUCAAUUUUAUUUAAAGAACGAUUUCUUAGACUACCCAACACAGUUUCCAAAAAACACCCAACCUAGUUGCAUUUAAAUUCCUCAUACAACCAUCUUAUAUUAAUCUGAUUUGCAUAAUUAUUUUAUUAUUUUCAUCAGCAUAUCUUUUAAUUUUUAUCUUCUAUGGCUACAAUCUUUAGUAACAAAAACGAAAAUGGAACAAAAUCAUAUGCAAAAAUGAAUUUUUUUAUUAUUUAUUUUAAAAAAUGUAUUCCUUAUUUUUUUAUUAUUUUAUUUCGGCUUAUCAUAAUUAUUUUUCCUCAUAUCC